AUGCCUCGAGCUGCUGAUCGCAAGCUCGCCAACCUCGCUGUCAAGCGGCUGGUGUCCGACUUCCUCGACGCGCCCUGCUGCGACACUGAUGACUACGUCUCGUACCUCGGCCACCUAUCCACCAGCCAGUCCGCGCCACCUGCCAGCAGCCGAAAGCGCAAGACAACUGUAGACUCCCACGGACUCUCUCCUGCUCGAGGCACAGAGCACAGCAUGGACGGUCUCCUGCAUCAGGUGCAGAAGCUCAAGAUGACCGAACAGGCGCAGGCCCAGGCAUCUCCAGCAUCCCCGCUACUGAGUGCUUCAUUACAGGCAUCUCCGUUAGGCUCUGGCCUUGCUGAUCAGGGCAGAGCAACGCACGAUCGAGAAGGGGCUGCCACACGGUUCGAUCCUGCAUCAUCCCCCGCCGUCUCACACACUCAAGAAGCUUCCACGGCAGUGGGUGUAGCGUCGAACGAGGGAGCACCUGUAACAUCUAACAUAGGAGCAACUGUAGCAUCAAAUGUAAGCUCAGCUCUAGCACCAGCUGUAGCAUCAUCUGUAGCAGCAACCAGACGCCUCUCACUCUCCUCCUCCCCAGCGCCCUCCUCAGCCUCCUCCACUGUCCGUAGAUCCCUAGAUUUGAGUGGUAUGAGCCUCAACCCCCACGCUGCAGAGUUCGUUCCGGUCUUUGGCCCUCCUUCCCACGCCAGCAAUCUCACCACUGCAUCACAGUCAGAACCAGCGGCAACAGCAGGAGGAGGUGGAGGAGGAGGAGGAGGAGCAGGGGGAGCAGCGGGUGGUGUAGCCGGGUCUGCUGGUGCAGCAGCAGAGGGAUACGCUUCCUUCCUGCAGGGCAGUAAUUCAGGAGGGUAUGCUUCCUCACUGCAAACCGGGUACGGCACAGGCAGCGGUUUAGCAGGGUACAACGGAGGGGCAGCAGCAGAGGAGGCGUUUGAGGAGUGCGAGGAGGAGCUGUUGAGCCGAUCCCAGUCGCACAACAGCAAUGCCUCUGACGAUGAGUACCGCCGCUUCUGGCGCGAUCGCCUGCCUGAUGAACUGCUGAGCUUUGACGAGUCGCCCAAGGGGAGAGGGGGUGGGCGGGACGGGAGGGGCGGGGGCGACGGGAGGGAUGGGUUUUUGCAGAGAGGGAUGGGAAUGGAGAUGGAUAUUGGUGGGACAGGAAACAGCAUGCAUCGCCAUGCAGCCAGCAUGCCUUCUCUAGAUAGCGGUCACGUGUCCACUUCGGCUGCUGCUGCCGGUGGUGCUGCUCCCUCUGGUGGCCCAGACAGUUUUGACAGGCAGGGGUAUGGAUACUCGUUUCGGCAGGGUGUAGGCCCUCCUGCAGCCCAAUCCAUGGGGAAUAUCCUGGAGGAGGUCAAGUCAGACUCGGCUCUAGACCACAUGGGACCGCAUCGCACCGCUCUCAAUCUCUCUGGACCUGGCCAGCACCACCACCACAUGCCGCAUCGCUCGCCUUCUGGCCCUCUCAUGGGCUCCCCAGCUCAGGGACCUUCCUACGAAGCUUCCCUUGACAGAUCUUAUGAUCCGUCCUAUGAUCCUUCCGCUCCCUAUCACGGCCCUCCUCCCUCACACCUGCUCUCUCGAAACGCCCCCAGUCCUGCCUGGAGACCUGCCCCAGGCCCACCUGGGUUUUCACCUGGGCCCCCACCUGGCGCACCACCUGGCUCUGUUGGUCCCGUCCCUUCCAGCCCUGUGAUUGGCCGCGGAGGAGUACCCCAUUCUCCCAUGGGCACACCCAACAGAUACCCCCCAUACGGCGGGGUUAACCCUAACUCUAACCACGUGAGCCCGCAGCAGAGCCCUGCCAGGGGUCCUCCCCCCUAUGCCUCCCCCGGAGGCCCUCUCUCCCGAUUCGGUGGUAACCCUGUAACAUCCAUGUCUAUGCCAUUGCCUGGCGCUGCCUCUCCCCCUCCCCCAAUGCAUCACCCCUUCAACAGCCCUGCCAGGGGCUAUCCCCCUCCCCCAAAUGCAGACCCGAGGGCCAUGCAUCCCCCACCGUUUGAACUCCCUGGUCCGGCAGGGGGAGGGGACAUGGGCGGAGGUAUGGGGGGAGGGAUGGGGGGAGGGAUGGGGGGAGGAAUGGGGGGAGGCGGGGGAAUGGGGGGACCAGGGGGAGGGGAUGGUAUGUGGGGGGGUAAAGGCGGGGGAGUGAGAGAAAGAGCAAUGUCGAUGCCAGUUGGGUGGGGGGGACCGGAGGAAAGGGUGGGCGGCGACGAUCGGCACGAUCCUGUGCGCAUACUCGCUACAGAGUUCCCCAUGUUCAGUAUAAGCACUCUGGCUGAGAUUUUCUUCUCUAACGGCGCUGACCUCCCUCGGACCAUGGAGAUCCUGACCCAGCUGCAGGUGUGCCGUGCGCUUCAGGACGAAAUGACUCUCCCAUCACCAACGCACCGCCGCCCCCCACCCCCGUCCGCGCACCCUCCUUCCCUCGACUCUCUCGACUUCCCCUCUCUCUCCCCCCUAGACCCCCUCCCCGCCUCCUCCUCCCCCAUGCUCCGCCCCCGCCCCUCCUCUCAAGCCCCUGACACUCGCCCCAUGCAAGGCUCUGUUCCUGAUUUCGCCGGGGUGCUGCGAAAGCCGUUACCCCCGGGGGCAGCGACUCAGAACGCGUGGGGGGCCAACCUUUACGGAGACAUGAGGGAGGAGGCUCGGGACCAUGCGAGAAUACGAAAUGCGUGCUUCGAGCAGGCCACGCAAGCUUACUUGGCGGGCAACAAGGCAGCAGCCAAGGAGCUGAGUGCGCGGGGGCAGUGGCACAACGAGCAGAUGAAGGCAGCACAUGCCAAGGCCAGCGAUUCCAUUUUCCGCACCCGCAACGCCGCGUCAGGCUACCUGGGUGGAGGGGCAGGAGAAGGAGGAGAGGCGCGGGUGUUGGAUCUGCACGGGCUGCAUGUGGGGGAGGCGAUACCCAUGCUGAAGCGGGAGAUUGCCGCCAUGCGCAGCGCUGCUCGCUCCACCCAGCAGAGACAGCAGGUGUACGUGUGUGUGGGCACGGGCCACCACACCAAGGGCCGAGCACCCCCGCGUUUGCCUCUGGCAGUGGCACCUUAUCGUGCUGCCACCACACCAAGGGCCGAGCGCCCCCGCGUUUGCCUCUGGCAGUGGCACCUUAUCGUGCUGUAUCUCUCAAUCUUCUCCACUAACUGCCCUCUGCAGGUGUACGUGUGUGUGGGCACAGGCCACCACACCAAGGGCCGAGCGCCCCCGCGUUUGCCUCUGGCAGUGGCACCUUAUCGUGCUGCCACCACACCAGGGGCCGAGCGCCCCCGCGUUUGCCUCUGGCAGUGGCACCUUAUCGCCACCACACCAAGGGCCGAGCGCCCCCGCGUUUGCCUCUGGCAGUGGCACCUUAUCGUGCUGUAUCUCUCAAUCUUCUCCACUAACUGCCCUCUGCAGGUGUACGUGUGUGUGGGCACAGGCCACCACACCAAGGGCCGAGCGCCCCCGCGCCUGCCACUGGCAGUGGAGCGGUAUUUGGUGGAGGAGGAGCGGGUUCAGUUCAUGGAGACCCAGCCCGGCAUGCUGAGAGUGGUGGUGUAA